GUGAAGAUUUCUGCACUGACGCCUGUCGGAUAUAAUCCAACGCCUUUCGUCGUAUGGUAAACUCAGUUUCGACAACAGUUAUAGUGCAUUUAGUCGCUGUAAAACUUUGUAAACGUUACCCAUCCUUUAACUGUUUCAUAUUUUUUAUGCUUUUGAGAUUUUCAAUACCUACCUCCAAUUUGUGAAAGAACGCGCAGAAUAAAAAAAAGUUUUAUAGAGGAGGUGCAGAGUCUUGAAAUUCGAGUAAUAAGAAUUUCAUUCAAAGAGUGCUGAAUUCCAUUGCAAUACACCAAAAGAAAUAGGCGAAAGCCUUCAUUUCCCAACUCCGCUCAUCCAGAAGACUCUUUUGUUUCGAUAAGUUCCGAGUUUUCGCUUGAACAAAUCUUCAAAACGAAACGAACAGUUGAACAUUAGCAAACUUAGUGUCCUUCAAUAAACCGCAAUUCAAUAAUACGUUUUUCCAAACUAAUUUAAGUUUGUUUACAGUUACGAAAGCCAGUGUCCACUCUAUCGAUACCGGGGGCGGUGAAAAAUUCCAGUCGAGAUUCUGGAGGUGGCAGGAUGCAACAAGAGGAGCCCGCCAGUGUUGCACUGGCGGGGCACGUAGAUUAUCCCCGGUUUAUGGAGGACCGUGGAAUCGGUACGGGAUACAAAGGACCUUCUUCCGGUAGCCUUAAACACAAGCCUAACGUCGGUUAUCGCCUGGGAAGGCGCAAAGCACUCUUUGAAAAAAGAAAACGAAUUAGUGAUUACGCCUUAGUCAUGGGAAUGUUCGGGAUAAUUGUAAUGGUGAUAGAAAAUGAACUUUCAAGUGCUGGCGUCUACCGUAAGGACGAAUUUUACUCAAUUGCGCUCAAAACCCUGAUAUCUGUUUCGACUGUGAUCCUCUUGGGCCUCAUUGUGGCCUACCACGCUUUAGAAGUACAGGAAUUGGUAUGUACCAUUACCACCGAUGAAGUUACAGUGUUAGCGAAACGCGUCUAG